AUGGCCGUGAACCCGAACAUCCUGAGCACCACCGGCCUGAACUUCGACGGCCUCGUCUUCGCCACGGCCGCCUCCAGCUGCGUGGCCACGCUGAUCAUGGCGCUCUGGGCGAAUUUGCCCUUUGGCCUUUGGCCUGGUAUGGGCAUGAAUGCUUACUUCGCCUACACCAUCGUGGGCUUCAAGGGCGGCCAGAACGCAGUGAAGAAAGUGAUGCUGGCCGUGACGGUCGAGGGCGUGAUCUUCAUCCUCAUGUCGGCCCUUGACAUUCGGCGCUACGUCUUCAAGGUCUUCCCGACAUGGAUGAUGAAGGCCACCAUGGCGGGCAUCGGCUUGUUUUUGGCCUUCAUCGGCCUGCAGGCGGGCAACGGCAUCGACAUCGUUCGGGACCAUCCGGCGGUAUUGGUCGACCUCGUCACACUCACAGGCGAGCAUUUCCUGCGAACCUGGAUCGGAAUCGGCUUCUUUUGCCUCAUGAGCCUUCUGAUCCUCUUGCGCGUGCGGGGCGCCGUGAUGGUGUGCAUCCUCCUCAGUGCGUGUCUCUCCUGGAUCUUGCAGGCAGCGGCGGUGGAGCAGUUCUCCUACAAGCCCAUGUGCUGCCUAGGCAGCGUCUCCUACACGGAGCCGUCGAAUGGGGGUGUGGAGUGGUAUCCCAAGCCCGGCGGUGGGUUCUACCCGAAGCCCACAUGCGAGAACCCCUUCACGGUCCCGGGCUACGGGAAGAUGGAGACCGCGGAUGCUGGCUCGUCCUUCAGUUUCGUGUCCUCCGCGUCCGUGUCGAGUGCCAACGGCGUCUACACCAUCACGGACGGCGCAUCUUCCCGGAACCACAGUGGCAGCCUCUACUUCGAGGGCAUUGCUGCCGGGAGGGAUUCAUCUUUCAAAGGUGGUUGUACGGACACCUGCCAUGCCAUGAUGGGUGGCUUCAACCCAGCCUGCUUCGAUGCAGUCUUGGUGGAGACGGGCUGCUGGACCUCGAUGUCCUAUCAGAGCCGGGCUAGCUCAAAGCUCGUGCUCGACGAGUUCGGAGAGGGCUGCAUCGGAGGAGCCGGGCGCAUUCCAAAGACCUUCAGCGCUCCCAGUGCCUUUGCCUCCGUUCCCUUGAUCGAUGUCGCAGGGCCUUUGGUGGCUCCCUUUUCCGGAUGGGGAGGUUGCGAUGCCGAUGGCAACAACUGCGUCAGCGGCGAUGUCUCCGGUGGAACGAUCUUGGCUUGGGAUUUCUCGGGCUUUGGGGAUUGGCAGGGCUUUUGGAAUCCUCUUCUCACCCUCCUCUACAUCGAUUUCAUCGGCACCAUGGGCUUCCUGUAUGCAGCCGCAGACCUCAGUGGGCUGGUGGACCCCAAGAAGCCCGAGACCUUUCCCGGGUGCUAUGCGGCUUUCAUGGCUGAUGCCGUCGGGACUUUCGUCGGGGGCUUCCUAGGCACCAGCUCUGUGACCACUUACGGCGAAUCUAUGGCCGGUGUCUAUGAGGGUGGCCGCACUGGUCUCACUGCUCUGGUAAUCGCCUUCCUGAACUUCAUCUGCAUUUUCAUGACGCCCUUGCUCUCCUCCGUCCCCACCCUGUCCACAGGACCGGCACUGGUGAUGGUGGGCGUCUUUAUGAUCGAGGGAGUGAAGGACAUCGACUGGACGGACUACAUGCAGGCCAUCCCCUCCACGAUUUGCAUCCUGCUGCAGAUCACCACAUACAAGAUCGAAGUCGGUGUGCUGGGAGCUUUGCUGGUUUGGAGUUUCCUCAUGAUCUUCUCUGGCCGUGUCUUCUUGUACAUUCCGGGCGCCUGGGAGAAGCUCCCAGCCUUCCUGCAGCACUUCGUGGCCUCGCAGACGGGCGACGAGGAUUUCCAUCGGCGUCUGAAGGAGGUCGAAGCGACGAUGCCCGUGGAGCCCAGGGUCGCCAGCCAGUGCUUCGUGGAUUCAGGUGGUCCGUUCUUUUCGGACUCCGGACGCAACCCAGCCGAUGGCGGGUUCUGCGAGGCACUCUUUCUGCGAAGCCUCAACUUCUGCUCGCUUCGCUCUGAGGAGCUCCUGGGCGUCAUGGAGCGAGACACCGUGCUGCCUAACGAGUUCUCUUUCAGCAGCACCAUCAAAGCCUGCGAGCAGAUCGAUGUGGAGGUGGUUGAGUUCAAGGUGGGCGCCAAGGGCAAGAAGGAGCUGGUCGACAACACCUUGGACAAGAAGUUCCGGGGCUCAAGAAUGGACAACUACUUCCGGGUGUCCCAAAGAGGCUCCAAUCUCACGACAGAGAUCCGUGCCGGGGUCACGACCUUUCUCACGGCCGCCUACAUCAUGGCCGUGAACCCGAACAUCCUGAGCACCACCGGCCUGAACUUCGACGGCCUCGUCUUCGCCACGGCCGCGUCCAGCUGCGUGGCCACGCUGAUCAUGGCACUCUGGGCGAAUUUGCCCUUUGGCCUUUGGCCUGGUAUGGGCAUGAAUGCUUACUUCGCCUACACCAUCGUGGGCUUCAAGGGCGGCCAGAACGCAGUGAAGAAGGUGAUGCUGGCCGUGACGGUCGAGGGCGUGAUCUUCAUUCUCAUGUCGGCCCUUGACAUUCGGCGCUACGUCUUCAAGGUCUUCCCGACAUGGAUGAUGAAGGCCACCAUGGCAGGCAUCGGCUUGUUUUUGGCCUUCAUCGGCCUGCAGGCGGGCAACGGCAUCGACAUCGUUCGGGACCAUCCGGCGGUAUUGGUCGACCUCGUCACACUCACAGGCGAGCAUUUCCUGCGAACCUGGAUCGGAAUCGGCUUCUUUUGCCUCAUGAGCCUUCUGAUCCUCUUGCGCGUGAGGGGCGCCGUGAUGGUGUGCAUCCUCCUCAGUGCGUGUCUCUCCUGGAUCUUGCAGGCGACGGCGGUGGAGCAGUUCUCCUACAAGCCCAUGUGCUGCCUAGGCAGCGUCUCCUACACGGAGCCGUCGAAUGGGGGUGUGGAGUGGUAUCCCAAGCCCGGCGGUGGGUUCUACCCGAAGCCCACAUGCGAGAACCCCUUCACAGUCCCGGGCUACGGUAAGAUGGAGACCACGGAUGCUGGCUCGUCCUUCAGUUUCGUGUCCUCCGCAUCCGUGUCGAGUGCCAACGGCGUCUACACCAUCACGGACGGCGCAUCUUCCCGGAACCACAGUGGCAGCCUCUACUUCGAGGGCAUUGCUGCCGGGAGGGAUUCAUCUUUCAAAGGUGGAUGCACGGACACGUGCCAUGCCAUGAUGGGUGGCUUCAACCCAGCCUGCUUCGAUGCAGUCUUGGUGGAGACGGGCUGCUGGACCUCGAUGUCCUAUCAGAGCCGGGCUAGCUCAAAGCUCGUGCUCGACGAGUUCGGAGAGGGCUGCAUCGGAGGAGCUGGGCGCAUUCCGAAGAUCUUCAGUGCUCCCAGCGCCUUUGCCUCCGUUCCCUUGAUCGAUGUCGCAGGGCCUUUGGUGGCUCCCUUUUCCGGAUGGGGAGGUUGCGAUGCCGAUGGCAACAACUGCGUCAGCGGCGAUGUCUCCGGUGGAACGAUCUUGGCUUGGGAUUUCUCGGGCUUUGGGGAUUGGCAGGGCUUCUGGAAUCCUCUGCUCACCCUCCUCUACAUCGAUUUCAUCGGCACCAUGGGCUUCCUGUAUGCAGCCGCAGACCUCAGUGGGCUGGUGGACCCCAAGAAGCCCGAGACCUUUCCCGGGUGCUACGCGGCUUUCAUGGCUGAUGCCGUCGGGACUUUCGUCGGGGGCUUCCUAGGCACCAGCUCUGUGACCACUUACGGCGAAUCUAUGGCCGGUGUCUACGAGGGUGGCCGCACUGGUCUCACUGCUCUGGUGAUCGCCUUCCUGAACUUCAUCUGCAUUUUCAUGACGCCCUUGCUCUCCUCCGUCCCCACCCUGUCCACAGGACCGGCACUGGUGAUGGUGGGCGUCUUUAUGAUCGAGGGAGUGAAGGACAUCGACUGGACGGACUACAUGCAGGCCAUCCCCUCCACGAUUUGCAUCCUGCUGCAGAUCACCACAUACAAGAUCGAAGUCGGUGUGCUGGGAGCUUUGCUGGUUUGGAGUUUCCUCAUGAUCUUCUCUGGCCGCGUCUUCUUGUACAUUCCGGGCGCCUGGGAGAAGCUCCCAGCCUUCCUGCAGCACUUCGUGGCCUCGCAGACGGGCGACGAGGAUUUCCAUCGGCGUCUCAAGGAGGUCGAAGCGACGAUGCCCGUGGAGCCCAGGAAGCUGAACGUCCUCCCGAGCCCCGACCUUGAGCAGCCUUCUGUUCGCCAGGCUUGGUGA